AUGCAGAGUGGCGUGGUGCGCUGCCCUGUUUGCCGGUCAGAGGAUGGUUCCUGUGCAACAUGCAUGCUGCUCUUGUUUUCUAAGGGGAUUAAGUUUCUAGCAGGAUGUCGACCACUUGUGAAGAAAUAUGGGGACCUGUUUAGCGUACAGAUGGGGUAUGUGCGUGUUGUUAUUGUAUCUGGACUGCCCUUAAUCAAAGAAGUCCUUGUCCACCGGAACCGAAAUUUCCUGAACCGCCCCAUGUCUCCUAUGCAAGAGCAUGUCUUUCAGAAAAAUGGACUCAUCAUGUCCAAUGGCCGGGAAUGGAAGGAGCAAAGAAGGUUUGCCCUGACUACAUUCAGGAACUUUGGUUUAGGAAAGAAGAGCUUAGAAGAACGCAUUCAGGAGGAGGUCCACUACCUCAUCGAGGGAAUAGAAGAGGAGAAAGGACAGCCUUUUGACCCUCACUUCAAGAUCAACAAUGCAGUUUCCAAUAUCAUUUGCUCCAUUACUUUUGGGGAGCGUUUUGAGUACCAGGAUGGUCAGUUUCAGGAACUGCUGAAGUUGCUGGAUGAAGCCUCAUAUCUGCAAACUGGAAGGUGCUGCCAACUCUACAAUAUCUUUCCAUGGAUAAUGAAAUUCCUUCCUGGAGCUCACCAGACAGUCUUUAGAGACUGGGAGAAAUUGAAACAGUUUGUUUCUAGCAUGAUUGAAAAACACAAGAUAGAUUGGAAUCCUGUCGAACCAAGAGACUUCAUUGAUGCUUACCUCACAGAAAUGACAAAAUAUACAGGCAAUGCUACUUCAAGUUUCAAUGAAGAAAAUCUCGUCUGCAACACACUGGACCUUUUCUUUGCUGGAAGAGAAACAACUUCUACUACACUGCGCUGGGCUCUGCUUUUCAUGGCUAUCUACCCAGAAAUCCAAGAAAAAGUACAAGCUGAGAUUGACAGAGUAAUUGGCCAGUCACAGCAGCCCAGCACCACAGACCGAGAGAACAUGCCCUACACCAAUGCUGUUGUCCAUGAAGUGCAGAGAAUGGCCAACAUUCUUCCCACGAAUGUGCCCAGGGUAGUGACAUUUGAUACCACUGUGGCUGGAUACCACCUGCCAAAGGGGACCAUGGUCCUGACCAAUCUGACUGCACUGCACAGGGACCCUGCAGAGUGGGCCACCCCCGACACAUUCAAUCCAGAGCAUUUUCUGGAGAAUGGAGAGUUUAAGAAAAGGGAAUCCUUUCUGCCUUUUUCAAUAGGAAAGCGUGCUUGUCUCGGAGAACAGUUGGCCAGGGCUGAGCUGUUUAUUUUCUUCACUUCCCUUGUACAAAAAUUUACCUUCAAGCCCCCAGCCAAUGAGAAGCUGAGCCUGAAGGCCAGAAUGGGCAUCACUGUUUCUCCUUUCAGCCACCGCAUCUGUGCUGUUCCUCGGGCAUGA